UUGGCUAGCAGCUAAUAUUUAGAUACAUUGACCGUAAUUACAUCCAACAUAAUAAUAAUAAUAAAUGAGUAAAACUAAGAUGCAAAAUCGUUUAACGUCGAACAAAAGAAAUAUUUACAAAUGGAAAAUGGUAGUAAAAGGAUAGUAAUAUGAACAUAUGCACGUAAACACAGCUAAUAUACAAUUAUAAUUAACUAAUUAACUAUUUCGAAACACCAAGGUUGGUACCUAUUGACUUGCUUGUAGGAAAAGGCAUAUAAAUUAAACAAGUAAAUUUAUUACGUGGUUUUUAUUCGUCCGGUGAACAACUAUAACAAUGGGUGGAAGAGUUAAUGAAGACUUAAUAAAAGAAAGGAGAAAAUGCACGUUCGAUAUAAAAGAGUUGACACAUAUCAUUGAUUGCGGGGAGGAGAACACCAUAAAAAGAAAACAAAUAGAUAAUUAUAUUUUAAACAUUAAAGAAUUGUGGGACGACGUGCCUGAAGAAUAUUUGAGUCACAAAGAAAGAUAUGAGAACGCAAUAAAAAAAGCUUUUAUAGUACUAAAAGUUCUUCGUCAGUUGCACACAGGCAAUAUACAGAUCACUGAUCACAGGACGCCAACAAAUGUAUAUUCGAUCCAAGAUGGGAUAUUCCGCAAUGUCAAUCCGCUUCUUAUACAUAUCGGGCUGUUUUGGUCCACCAUUGCCGCUCAGGCCUCAACCGAGCAGCAGGCCGAGUGGUUGCAGCCUGACUCCAGUAUGAUUGGCACUUACGUUCAGACUGAACUGGGUCACGGUUCGUUUAUCAGAGGCAUAGAAACAACAGCAACGUACGACUCAACAACGGAUGAGUUUAUACUACAUACUCCUAGACUAAGUGCCUACAAAUGGUGGCCUGGUGGUUUGGGAAACACUGCAAAUGCCUGCCUGGUAAUGGCCCAGUUGUAUAUAAACGGAACGUGCCAUGGUUUGCAUAUAUUCUUAGCGCAGAUCAGAGAUUUUGAUACUCACAAACCUCUGCCCGGCAUCAAAGUUGGCGAAAUUGGACCUAAAAUGGGUUUUAACACUGCUGACAAUGGCUUUCUGGGUUUUGACAAUCAUAGAAUACCUAGGACGAAUAUGCUGAUGAAAAAUGUUCAAGUUUUGAGAGACGGUACAUACGUGAAGCCUAAACACGACAAGCUGACUUAUGGCUCAAUGUUGCUUACACGAGUAACACUCAUAUCUGAUCUGGCGUACCAACUGUCCAAAGCUGCCACGAUUGCUGUCCGCUAUUCCGCUGUCAGACGUCAGUCCCCGAUUAAAUCCAAUGAGCCUGAACGUCAAAUAUUGGACUUUGUGAGCCAACAGCACAAACUUUUCAUAACGAUCGCAUCGAGCCAUGUAUACAGAGUGGUCGGAUUGUGGAUGUGGAACUCACACAAGAGAGUCACUGCUGACAUUCACGAGGGAAAUAUGGGACAACUUCCUGAGCUCCACGCCCUCGCCUGCUGUUUGAAAGCCAUCAGCAGUCGCGACGCCUCUGCUCUGGUGGAGCAGUGUCGGCUGGCGUGCGGCGGGCACGGCUACAUGAUGGCGUCCAACCUGCCGCAGAUCUACGCCUACACCACAGCCGCCGUGACCUAUGAGGGGGAAUACACUGUGUUACUGCUGCAGACUGCUAGGUAUUUGGUAAAGUUUUGGAGACUUGCUGCAGAACACAAGCCACUGCCUCAGAAUUUUGCUUAUUUUGAGGACUAUAUUAAGAAGAAUUUUGAACAGUGGCGGAAUUCACCAGAAGGCAUCAUUGAAGGCUUCAAAGCCAUCGUUGCUGGGAAAACAAAGGCAGCCUACGACACUCUUCAAUGCAAUCUAAGAAACGGCAGGGAAUUCGAAGAAGCUUGGAACAUGGCGUCUGUGCAACUAACCAAUGCUAGUGAGGCGUAUGCUCGAUCUCUUUUAUGUGAAGUAUUUUGGAAAGAAACCGUGCAAUUGUCUACUAAGGUGUCCAAGAGUUUAGCUAUCGUGUUGGAACAGCUGGCCGAGUUGUAUUUGAUGUAUUGGGCUCUAGAGAAACAUGGCGAUUUGUUGUUGUACUCCACAAUUUCAAGAAACGACAUAGAAGCACUUCAAAGUCGUUACGAGGAGUUGCUCGCAUUAAUUAGACCCAAUGCAGUUGGGCUUGUCGACGCAUUCGAUAUUAGAGAUGAGGUGCUGUGUUCAACUCUGGGUGCAUACGACGGGAGAGUGUAUGAGCGGAUGAUGGAAGAAGCGUCAAAGAGUCCCCUCAACGAAGACGUGGUCAACGAGAGCUUCCACAAAUAUAUACGGCCUGUUACCAUGAAGAAUAAAUUGUAACCAUUUCACGAGAUAAAUUUUUCGUAAUAAAAAGCUGAUAAAAAUCGAGAUAACCAGAA